GUUUGGAGCAGUUCAGGAAGACGAAGUAAUGGCGACGCUAUUGGGGCCCGAGUCCCCUUGGAUGGGAGGAAAGAAACGGACUCGAAACAGAAAUAUUCUCAGCAGAAUACGGCAGAGUCAGAUCGCGGGCCGGGGCUUCAGCAGAGGGACGCAGCUCCCAGAAGCUCUUCUUCAGGAGAGAGAUAAGAGGGCAAAAUGGCACGGGAUUCCAGUCUUACUCCAAGAGCUGUACGAGAGCAGCCACCUAAACAGUGACUUCACCCACACACACACUGUCCUGAAGGAACUGUCAUCCCUGCUGUCUAUGGAGGCCAUGUCUUUUGUGACAGAGGACAGAAAGACGGCACAGGAGUCCACCUUUCCCAACACAUACACCUUUGGCCUGUUUGGAGGUGUAGAUCUGCUGGUGGAGCUUCUGAUGAGACCCACUCUGACUACGCUACAAAAACCCAAGAUGAACGAUGACUUGGUGAAGGACUGCCUUAGUGUGCUGUACAAUUGCUGCAUAUGUACGGAAGGAGUCACAAAAAGCUUGGCAUCGAGGGAUGAUUUUGUGUUAUUUCUCUUCACGCUGAUGACAAACAAGAAGACCUUUUUGCAAACAGCUACGUUAAUUGAGGAUAUUCUUGGAGUCAAAAAGGAGAUGAUUCAGCUGGAGUGGAUCCCAAAUCUGUCAGGACUGGUUCAGAGCUUUGACCAGCAGCAGCUCGCCAACUUUUGUCGUAUCCUCUCCGUCACCAUCUCUGAGCCAGAUGUGGGGAACGAUGACAAACACACACUCCUGGCUAAAAAUGCACAGCAGAAACGCAAUACCAGCCCCUCACGUGCCGAGGUCAACCAGGUCACACUCCUGAACAUCCCCGGCUUCAUUGAGCGUCUCUGUAAGUUGGCCACACGGAAGGUGUCCGAGGCAACUGGAACGUCAAACUUUCUGCAGGAACUGGAGGAAUGGUACACUUGGCUCGACAACACUCUAGUGCUGGAUGCGCUCAUGCAGAUAGCAACAGAUGAAGCCGAGCACAGUAGCACAGAAUCAUCUGAUGAGAGCACAUUGGCCACCAUCCCUCUGAGGCACCGUUUGCCGCAGUCCAUGAAGAUCGUCCAUGAGAUCAUGUAUAAGGUGGAAGUGCUUUACGUGCUGUGUGUCCUUCUCAUGGGCCGACAGCGAAACCAGGUGCAUAAAAUGUUGGCAGAGUUUCGUUUGAUUCCUGGACUCAAUAACCUUUUCGACAAGCUCAUCUGGAGGAAAUACACCACCUCUAAUCACGUGGUUCAUGGACAGAAUGAAAACUGUGAUUGCAGCCCGGAAAUCUCUUUUAAAAUCCAGUUCUUGAGGCUUCUGCAGAGCUUUAGUGACCACCACGAGAAUAAGUACCUACUUUUGAAUGCUCAGGAGCUGAAUGAGUUGAGUGCCAUCUCCCUAAAGGCAAACAUCCCUGAGGUGGAGGCUCUAGUAAACACCGACAGGAGUUUAGUGUGUGAUGGUAAAAAAGGGCUUCUCACACGGAUCCUCACUGUUAUGAAAAGAGAACCUCCAGACUCUUCCUUCAGGUUCUGGCAGGCCAGAGCUGUUGAGAGCUUCCUCAGAGGGGCCACCUCAUAUGCAGACCAGAUGUUUCUGCUGAAGAGAGGCUUGCUGGAGCACAUCCUCUUCUGCAUCAUCGACAGCGGCUGCAAGUCCAGAGAUGUCCUGCAAAGCUACUUUGAUUUGCUCGGGGAGCUUAUGAAGUUCAACAUUGAUGCCUUCAAGAGAUUCAACAAAUAUGUCAACACAGAAGAAAAGUUCCAGGUGUUCCUCACUCAGAUCAACAGCUCUCUGGUGGACUCCAACAUGCUUGUGCGAUGUAUCGUCCUCUCUCUAGAUCGCUUUGAGAGCCAGACAGAAGAUGUGAAAGUGGUUGAAGUGCUCUCUGAGUGCUGUCUGCUGUCCUACAUGGCUCGAGUGGAGAACAGACUGGCCUUCCUUUUUAGGCUGGUUAACAUCAUCAACGUGCAAACCCUCACACAGGAGAAUGUGAGCUGUCUUAACACCAGCCUGGUGAUUCUGAUGUUGGCCCGGAGGAGAGGCAAGCUCCCGUUUUACCUGAACGCCCUGCGGGAGAAGGAAUACGCAGAGAAAUAUCCCGGCUGCCUGCUCAACAAUUUCCACAACUUGCUGCGCUUUUGGCAGCACCACUACCUCAACAAGGACAAGGACAGCACCUGCCUGGAGAAUAGCUCCUGUAUUCCCUUCAGUUUCUGGAAGGAGACUGUUUCAGUACUGCUUGGUGAGGACAGGACUUCUCCCUGUGCCAUUAUCGGCUACAUAGAUGAGCCUUACAUGGAGUUAGACCGGGACCUUCUAGAGGAUUGACUCUUGCGGGUGGGCUUGGGGAGGGACUUGCAUGUCCCGCUCCGAUGCGGUCCAUAGAACAGCCUCCCGCCUCAUCCGACUGCAUGCUACGGCUCAGUGAGCUGUCCAUUCUCUACUUGGUGCCCAUGUUCGACUUUUUCAUCUCCAGGUCACGGGUGCGACAAAGGACGUCCCGCAAAGGAUUGCCCAUCCUGUCAUUCAUUGAGAGGGAACAAGUACCCGGACAGCUCAAUCCAGAGCCGAACCUCUGACCUGAAACUGUCUUCUUGUGUUUCGGUGGCAUUCUUUCGGGGAAAUCAUUUGGGGCCUUUUAUAGAGAAAUAAACAAAGACAAUAAUAUUUAGGCUAAAUGUAUUGAAAAGAUGCAUCCGCGAAUGAGGGCGAUCAAUGAUCUGGUUAUCUAUGAACUGCACAGUCGGCCUUUAAAGAGAUUUUCUCUGUAAUUUAUGUUUAGAAAAGCAAAAGAGAAAGUGUUGGAUUUGAUGAUCGGAGGCUUCGAUGAUACUUUGCCAAGCUGUCAGGUGGUGAGCGACUCUCAUGCUUAACUGAUUGAUGUCAAACCCUUUGUGCAGUGUAGAUGACGGAGAACUGAAAAUGAAUUUGGACGUCUUAUUUAUUUUCUCAUAUUUCUCUAGUAAGUUUGCUCUCUUACGACAUAAACCUGUUUUCUUUUCAUAUUCUCCUCUGCUUCUCUCCUUUUGUUAGGUUUUAUCAAGCACAUAUUAAAUAAGAGAUUGAGUUCAUAUAUAUAUAUAUAUAUAUAUAUUUUUUUUUUUGUAUUAAUUCGUUUUUAAAAAUAGUAUUGUCCCUUUUGUUUUAUUUCUCACAAUGAAACACUUCAUAUCUUGGGGGCACUGAAGGUGUUAAACUAUGCAGGUUCACUC